CGCAGCUUGAAAGGGGAUCUGUUCCCGCCACUGAACCCCUCUGAAAUCCCCCGCGAAUCCUGCCGCUUUCCCUGCACGUCUUUCUGUUAAUCCGGCUUCUGACCACCCGGGGCAACUAGAAAAGAGAUUGUAGGUCGUGGAAAGGAAUUAGGAAAAUCCAAGAUGAGCUGGGCGUUCCUGACGAAGUUGCUGGAGGCUGUGACCCAGCAUUCCACCCUGGUGGGGAAACUCUGGCUGUCCGUGCUGGUUGUGUUCCGCCUGGUGCUGCUGGCCGUGGGCGGGGAGGCCAUUUACCGGGACGAACUGAGCGGAUUCGUGUGUAACACCCGGCAGCCAGGCUGCGAGAACGUCUGCUACGACGCCUUCGCGCCCCUCUCCCACGUUCGCUUCUGGGUGUUCCAGAUCAUCCUGGUCACUGCGCCCACUGUGUUCUACCUGGGCUAUGCCGUGCACCAUCUCUCCCGGCGCCAGACGACCCAGAAGCAAGAGGAGGAAGAAGAGGAGCCCAUGAUCCAAGAGAAGCCCCAGAAGUCCCCCGAUGAUGGAGCCCACGAUGGUCGCGGGAGGAUCCGCAGAGACGGGCUCCUGGGGGCCUAUGUGGGGCAGUUGCUGGUGAGGUCUGCCUUAGAGGUGGGCUUCCUACUGGGCCAGUACCUACUCUAUGGCCUGGAGGUGCCUCCUUUCUACGUCUGCCGACGCAGCCCUUGCCCCCACACUGUGGACUGCUUUGUAUCUCGUCCCACGGAGAAGACCAUCUUCCUGCUGGUCAUGUAUGCAGUCAGUGGCCUCUGCCUCCUGCUCAAUCUGAUCGAGUUGCUGCAUCUGGGCCUGGGAAAUUUGAAGAACGGCGAAUACAGCUCUGCCCCACCUCCCCAUUCCAAGGGUCUCAAACUGGACCUGGAGCAAAUGCACAAACAGCUGCAUCUGGUCCAGAAGCAAAUGGACAUGGCGUUGCAUCUGGGCACACCUCUGGCUACAGCGCCUGACUGUUCAGAUCAGCUUCCAACUUACGCUAUCUCCACUCAGCAAAACCGGCACAACCAAGCCCAGAAAGAGGCCCGGAUUUCCAAGACAGAUCUAUGACCUACAGGAGAUGUUUCUUGUUCACCUGCUAUUGGACACACACGAUGGGGAGAAAUGAGAGUUUUGGAAUCCCAAGGAUUAAGGGCCUGAGAAUCUCCACCCAUAAAAGCUUUAUCUUUUAGUCAUUUUGUAUCCUUUCAUAUACAUAUAUUUGUGUAUAUAUGUGUAUUCACAUGUACAUGCCCAUGUAUGUGUGUACAUAUGUAUACACAAACACAGUCACAAGGCCUUGGUGGCCUAUCCUUCCAC